CGUCCAACAAUUUCGCCAUCAACGUCAUUCCUCGACUACGCAUCCCGUUUGCUCGGUUCGCUUCUCAAAUACCCGGAAGCCCGAUAUGGCCGAUCACGAGGAGCAAGGAGCUACGGCGCCGGCCGUCGAGCAGGUUGGCGAAGAGCAGGCGCUCACCACAACAAGCACCGAAGUCGCCGCCCCGACAGGGAAGAAGGUCGUCAAGAAGAUCGUCCGCAAGAAGAAGCGCCCGGCUCGAGUGCAAAUAGACAGCGCCGAAAUUACAUCAGAACCGCCUCCGCAGACCGGAACGACGUUCAACAUCUGGUACAACAAGUGGGCUGGCGGCGAUCGCGAGGCUUACCAGCAAACUAAGGCGCGCGGCCGAUGCAAUAUCGCGACGGACAGCGGUUACACGCGAGCAGACAACCAGCAUGGAAGUUUCUUCUGCCUUCACUUUGCGCGCGGACAGUGCCCCAAAGGACAGGAUUGCGACUACCUGCACCGCUUGCCGGGGACCUACGACCUCUUCAGCCCAAAUGUCGACUGCUUCGGCCGCGAGAAGUUUUCCGACUACAGAGACGACAUGGGCGGCGUAGGCAGCUUCAUGAGACAAAACAGGACAAUCUACGUGGGUCGGAUCCAUGUGACGGAUGACAUUGAGGAGAUUGUGGCCCGCCAUUUUGCCGAAUGGGGUAGCAUCGAGCGCAUCCGUGUGUUGAACUCCAGAGGCGUCGGCUUCAUCACGUACACCAACGAAGCGAACGCGCAGUUCGCGAGAGAGGCCAUGGCUCACCAGUCUCUGGACCACGACGAGGUGCUCAACGUUCGAUGGGCGACGGCCGAUCCCAACCCGAUGGCGCAGGCGCGAGAGGCGAGGAGGGUAGAGGAACAGGCCGCCGAGGCUAUUCGGAGGGCGCUGCCGGCAGAGUUCGUCGCCGAGAUCGAAGGCAAGGACCCCGAAGCGCGAAAGCGGAGGAAGAUUGAGAGCAGUUACGGGCUCGACGGCUACGAGGCGCCCGACGAGGUGCACUUUGCCCGGGGUGCCAACGCUGUGAACCCGCUGGGCCGUCAAGGACAUCAGGUCGAAUAUCACGCGCCGCCAAUGAUCGAAAAUGGGGACCCGUCAGCCGAGAACGCCGCACCACCACAACAAGAGGCUGUGGCGCAGCAAACGGCGGGCAUCUUCUCAGGGAGCACACUGGCCGCGUUGAACAAGGCCAAGGUAUCCGUGGCGGCGAAGCCAAAAGCGGCGGCUGCGUCAGGUCCACUGGUCGGCUACGACAGCGAUAGCGAUGAGGAAUAGCACAGGCGUUUGAGCGUUUUGACGGGGUUUGGGCAGCUGAUAGAAUGCGGGGCCCUUGUACAAUUUAAUCAUGAUACCAUCUGAAAUACACGCUGAACCGAGUGCCAUGCCGCUCAGCUGUUGAAUAUCCUCGAAUACAAGAGCUCGUGCCGUCCAAUCCACAAGUCCAUGACGGGCACGCUCUGGC